AAGCGAGACUACUCAGUUUCCAUUUAUUUUGUUCCUGAAAUUACAACCAAAACAAACAUUUUCAAGGUUUAUUCGAAAUGUUUCUUAUUAUAUGAUGUUCUUUUAGCACCCAAAGAAAACAAGGCUCAAAAUGCCAGCUUACAGUACGAUACCAUCAUCUAUUACUACAUUAUAUAUAUUUGCUGUGGUAAAUUUAGUGGCUUUAUUCCAUGUAUCAUGUGUGGAUGCCGAUAUCAUUGUGAUAUCACCUUUAAAUAAGACCAAAGUUUAUGCAGAUAUGCCAUCUAACUUUGGGUUUGCUCUGCCACCAUCAGGGUUAUCGGGGCUACUCGUGGUAGCUGAUCCCAUUGAUUCUUGUUCACCAAUUGCACCUCCACCAGACAACAUGAGUACAUAUUUUGCUCUCAUAAGACGCUCACAGUGUGACUUUGAUAUAAAGGUGUUGAAUGCUCAGAAGAGUGGGUUUAAAGCUGCCAUAGUCUAUAAUGUGGGUGCAGAUAAUAUAUUCCCUAUGAACCCAAAUAAACAUGGUAAAGAUAUUGAAAUACCAUCAGUAUUUGUGGGUGAGACUACUGGAAAUGACCUCUUGAAGUUUUAUACACACGAUAAAGG